UUGACUUUUGACAGCGGUAUAGUCUGUGCGGCCGAAGUUUAUUUACAAGUUUUCGGCAAAGUUCAUGAUGUCGGAGGAUAAUAAAUCUGAUUCUUCUACUUCUGAAUCAGAAGUUAGUGCUUGCAGCUCUAAUUUUAACCCUUUAAAAGCUUUAUAUUCUGACAAAGUCAAGAUUCCAGUAGAAUCCGCACCUUUGUAUGAGAACAUAGUGCAGUAUGAAGCCGCCUUGAAAAAAACUAAUGAAAUUAUUACCGUUGGACAAAAGGAGUUGGCUCAAAAGAGAGCAGAAGAGAAAGAAAAGAAAAGACUUGAGGAGGAGAAAUGGUUAGCGGAGAAGAACAAACAGCGGUUUGCACAAUAUCAAGAUACAGCACCAGCGAGAAGAGAAUACAGAAUAAGGAAUGUCCUCACUCGCAUGGGGACGAUUGACGGACCACUCGCCGUGUUGAAGGAAUGUGUGGACAACAGACUUAGAAUCAAGAUAAUAACUCGCAACGACAGGGGCAUCAGAGGGACUUUACAAGGGACUGUCGUAGCCUUCGACAAGCAGUGGAAUAUGGCACUCAGUGACGUCUUGGAAACUUGGAAAAGGAAAGGGGUUAAGAAGAGAAAAGUUCCUCCUGGAUUAGGUACACCAGUCCCCAAAGGUACGGCAGCAUCUAUUUCCUCAAUACCAGAGGUGACAGAAAAACCUCUUGGCAACGGUGUAUGGGAGUGCACAAGACUCAUACCUCAGAUGAUGGUCCGAGGCGAACACGUGGUACUAGUCAAUAUUGCGGAGCGAUGAUCUCUUGUGUUAUAUGCUAGCCUGGUAGCUCGAAUUGCGAUGCAAGUUUUUGUGCCACUAUCUCAAGUUUUUCUGGCAGUUUUUUGUAUCGCUUAUUGCUAUAUUAUUAUGAUAUUGCAAAAUGUAUUACGCUUUUAGUUGAAAUAAGUUAUGAUAUUGUGUACGUAGGUGCUACUCUAUUUCGAAAUACUUGUUUUUAAGGUAUAGAAUCAUUGUAUGGAUUUGUUAAACUGACAGAAUUAGGAAAAUAUUGAUUGUCAAUCAAUUUGACGUUUUUAAUGAAAAAUCUGUUAAUAUUGUAUCACUAUAAUAUAGUACUAGGUAUGUUGACGUUAUACAAAUAUUUAGGUAGGUACAUAGAUCGAUAGGCCGCGUGUGCGGCCACUUCAAGUACAGAGCAUCCACUACUGCGUGAUAAAUAAAUAUUUUUAUAAUCAAAAAAGUUUGUAUACUUUUUUACUAACAAUAAAAAUGUUCCCACUGGCA